ACAAUGCCCUGCGCCGCUAGGGUCAAAUCAGAAUUUAAACGGCUACAGCACCAGCUCUGUUUUCAAACUAACAGCCGGAAAACACUUUAAAAUACUGGGAUAUUUGGCUUGUUGUACGUUUUUCUGGUUUCUUAGUAUUGUUAUGUAAUCAGAAAACCGACGAGGGUGGGUUUUAUUUUCGGACUGUUAAAUUUAAAUCAUGAUUUUGAUGUUUUUAAUCAGUUAGCGCGGCUAGGCUAAGCUAACUCGUUGCUAACUGAGCUCGUGUGAUGACUUUCAGACGUCAGCUGAUUCAUUCUGUCAGAGAAACAUGAUUUAACUCCACUUAUCUAUCACAGACAUGAUUACUCUGUUGUGCUGACCUGAUAUACAGACUUUUUUGUAUUAGUCCUGAUCUUUAACGAGGCUAACACCGGUGUUGGACACCAUGACUCUGGCUCCGAAGGAACUGUCCAACCUGCUGAGCAUCAUCUCAGAGGAGGCUUGUACCAACACGUUUGAGAGCCUGUCCACUCACUUCCAUCACUAUUUCGGUAAAGCUGAACACUUCAGGGUGGGCUCGGUGUUAGUGAUGCUCCUGCAGCAGCCUGAUCUCCUGCCCAGCUCUCCUCAGAGGCUCACAGCUCUCUACCUCCUGUGGGAGAUGUACCGGACCGAACCGCUGGCUGCCAACCCGUUCGCUGCUGUGUUCGCUCACCUGCUGAACCCCUCACCUGCCGGGGACGAGCACGAGAAGGUGCUCUCAGGCUUCCUUCCUCCCAUCACCCAGCCAGAGAAGUUCUUCCUCUCUCAGCUGAUGUUGGCCCCACCUAGAGAUCUGUUCAAGAAGACACCUCGUCAGGUUUCCUGUAUGGAUGUCGGUAACAUGCCCCAAUCUAUAGACAUCAGUGGGCUGCAGCUCGCUUUAGCAGAGCGUCAGUCAGAACUGCCCACUCAGAGUAAAGCCAGCUUCCCGAGUAUCCUCAACGACCCUGAUCCAGAUUCAUCAAACUCAGGAUUUGACAGCUCAGUGGCCAAUCAGAUCAUAGAAUCUCUGGUCACGGGGCCCCGCCCACCACUUGAGAGUCACUUCCGGCCAGAGUUCAUCCGCCCACCACCUCCUCUGCACGUUUGUGAGGAUGAGCUGGCGUGGCUGAACCCCACCGAGCCGGAUCACAGCGUUCAGUGGGACCGCUCCAUGUGCGUGAAGAACAGCACAGGCGUGGAGAUCAAACGCAUCAUGUCCAAGGCCUUCAAGAGCCCGCUGUCAGCCCAGCAGCAGUCACAGCUGCUGGCGGAGCUGGAGAAGGACCCAAAGCUGGUGUACCACAUCGGUCUUUCCCCGGCGAAGCUCCCAGACCUGGUGGAGAACAACCCGCUGGUGGCCAUCGAGAUGCUGCUGAAGCUGAUGCAGAGCAGUCAGAUCACAGAGUAUUUCUCUGUUCUCGUCAAUAUGGACAUGUCUCUGCACUCCAUGGAGGUCGUCAACAGGUUGACCACAGCUGUUGAUCUUCCUCCAGAGUUCAUUCACCUCUACAUCUCCAACUGCAUCUCCACCUGUGAGCAGAUCAAAGACAAGUACAUGCAGAACCGUCUGGUGCGUCUGGUCUGCGUCUUCCUCCAGUCCCUGAUCAGGAACAAGAUCAUAAAUGUUCAAGACCUCUUCAUUGAGGUCCAGGCUUUUUGCAUUGAGUUCAGCCGGAUCCGCGAGGCCGCCGGACUUUUCCGCCUCCUCAAGACCCUAGACACGGGAGAGAACCCGGCUGAGGCCAAACCUGCAAAAUAACUACCCCAAAAGAGACACUGCACUGUCAGAAGGAGUCUAAACACGUUGAAGGGACUGUGUUUGAUUCAGUCAUCGUGUUUCUGAUGAUCCAGAACCUGAUGAACAGUGAAACUGUAAAUAUGUAGGGAGGAUCUCUGUCAACCUUAAGUCUGCUCUUACUGCCCCUCACUCUCUGGCUCUUUUCCUUAAGUGAAACAGGAUCAAACUCUGCUUCUCUUUUUCACUUCCUGCCUUUCCUUUUCAAAAUAAACAAUUUUUUCUGUAAUUAAACAGUCAAACUGA